UUCCUCAUAUAGCCUCAGCUAAUGUAGGCCCUCACAUGCAAUCUGUAGGUCAGGUAGGGAAUGAUGUUGUACAACCUCCUGCCCCACAUAUUCAACCAAUUGUUCCCACUACCCAGUCAACUGCAAUUCCAUUCCUUCAUCCUUAUCCAUAUUCCCAACCAUAUUAUGCAUCAUAUCCUGUUCCUUCCUAUCCUACUUCUCGUGUUCAGGGACCUACCUUUCCUUUCCUGGUUAAUGAUGAUCCCCAAGAAUUUGCAAUGUUGCAGCUAGCAUUGACAAAUUUGUUGUCACCCCAUGAGCCAGAACAUUACAAAUUCCAUAUCUUGUUAGAUCAUUUAAAAUUUUCUCCAGCUCGUGAUCUAGCGUUAGCUUAUGCUAACGAUCCUAGGCCUUACAGUAUGGCUCUUUUUGCCCUACAGCAGAAAUAUGGGCAACCUCACCAACUAGUUUUGACAGAAAUCAAAGCCAUUCUAGCUCUCCCCAGGGUGAGACCAGGUGACAGCAGAGCAUUUAGUAGCUUCGCAUUAAAGGUUCGAGCUUUGGUUGGCAUGCUCCAAUCUUCGGGCCAAGACCAAGUUAAAUCUGAAUUAUCCUGUGCUUCUCAUGUACAGCAACUACUCAGUAAACUGCCCACAGAGCAUGUGACCAACUUUGCCCGUUAUGCCCGUACAAUCCUAAAGGGUCAAAGCUACAACCUGAUUAGCUUUUCCGCUUGGCUCCAAGAAGAAGCUGAGUGUCAAGCAAUGGCUGAUCAGGUUAGUGACUUUCCAAAACCAUUCCUGAGUAAACCUCAACCAAAGACUUCCAUUAACACUCGAACAGUCUUGUACGGAGUUAACAGUAAUUCUGUUGUGCCAAGAUCCAUUAAUAAGCAACCCCAGAAUGUGAGAGAUGGAGAAUGGAGUUCCAAAUAUUCAUGCGCCUAUUGUUCCAGUAGAGAUCAUUUCAUUGGCCUGUGCCCCUCUUUUAAAUCUCUAGAAGAUACCAGGAAGGAUGCAUGGAUUAGAGAGAACAAAAGAUGUUGGAGAUGCGGGCUUAACCAUCUAGCUGUCAACUGUGACUUGAAGAAACCCUGUCCACAGUGCAAAGGCAGACAUCUUGGUAUCCUUCAUGGAGUUAAUUGUCGUGACCAAGAUAACGGUACAUUCUAUCUUAGUCGCCUUGGAGGUUCUGGUAGGGUCUUGCUUAAAGUUGUUGAAGUACUUCUCCAUUAUAAAGGAAGAUCCUUGCAAACCUAUGCCAUCUUAGAUGAUGGAUCAGAACGUACCAUGUUGCUACCUCAAGCAUCUGAGUCUUUGGGCCUCAAUGGGGUACCUGAGUCCCUAAUUGUUAGAACUGUACGUCAAGAUACCCUUGCACUUGAAGGUUCUUCUGUAACCUUUGAAAUAUCUUCCAUGACCAAUCCAGAAAAGAAGUAUUCCAUUUCCAAUGCCUUUUCUGCUGCUAGAUUGGGACUGGCAGAACAGACGUAUCCUGUUGAGAUCUUGCAGAGACGUUUCAGACAUCUUCGAGACUUACCCCUUCCAGCCUUCUCUAAUGUCCAACCACUUGUUCUUAUCGGUGCAGACUAUCCACACCUGAUAAAUCCCAUUGAUCAGGUGUAUUUCGGGCCUCCUAAAUCUCCAGCUGCAAUACAGACCAGGUUAGGAUGGGUACUUCAAGGCCCAAUACCGAUUCCUAACACUGAUGAGACUCAGUGUCUUUUUACCAUCGCUAAUCCCCUAGAAGAACUUCGCCAUGAUGUGGAGAAAUUAUGGAAAGUAGACAUCCUUCCUUUCAGGAAUGAGAAAGUCAUUACUAGGUCUAAGCAAGAUCAGGCAGCUAUGGAAUUGUUGGCCUCUAAGUCUAAAAAAGUUGAUGUGGAUGGUGUGAAAAGAUAUGCCACUCCGUUAUUGCGCGCUUCUUCCGCCAUAAAGCUGCGGACCACACCAAAUGCAGUUAUGUCUUCUCUCAGAUGUAUCGAACGACGCCUCCAGAGAAAUCCUAAAACUGCUGCUGUGUACAACCAAGAGAUUGCUAAGUUGGAGGAAUCCGGUUAUGUUUCCAAAGUGGAACUUCCCCAUGACUCAUCUGAUGAAUCGUGGUAUAUUCCUCAUCAUAUUGUGGAGCAUAACGGAAAAAAGAGAAUAGUCUUCAAUUGUUCCUAUCAAUAUAAAGGUGUGUCACUUAACAGUCAACUUCUUCCUGGUCCACAGUUGGGCCCUUCCUUACUUGGUGUCCUACUCCGGUUUCGUCAGUGCCCAGUGGCCAUUAGUGGGGAUAUAAAAUCCAUGUUCCAUCAAGUUAGGCUAUUACCAGAAGACCGUUCUCUCCUACGCUUCCUGUGGCGCAAUAUGCAGAGCACAAAUCCACCUGACAUCUACGAAUGGCAAGUUUUGCCCUUUGGCACGGUAUGUAGUCCAUGUUGCGCAACAUAUGCUCUACAAAGGCAUGUCCAUGAUCACCAAGAAGGGUAUGAAGAUAUAGCGAGCUCUGUACUUCAGUCAUUCUAUGUUGACAACUGCUUAGAGAGUUUCCCAAAUGUGCAAUCUGCUAAGAACUUCUUAGACCGAAUGCGUUCUUUACUGAUGAGUGGAGGAUUUGAAAUUAGACAGUGGGCAAGUAACCAGCCUGGUGUUGUCCGACAUCUCCCUCCUGAAGCCAGGUCUGAGAAUGCUGAACUGUGGAUCAAUCAAGACAGUUUAGAUCCCAAAGAAGGAGCUCUGGGUCUGAGUUGGCACUGUCCCUCUGAUUCAUUAGGGUAUCGAUCCCGAACAGUGGAGUAUGAGACAACAACUCUGCGUAAUAUAUAUAAAGUUCUUGCCAGUCAGUAUGACCCAUUGGGUUACAUAACCCCCUUUACAACGCGAGCUAAAGUCAUCAUACAACAAUGCUGGAUGAAGUCCCGGGGCUGGGAUGAUCCCCUUAUGCCAAAUCCUAUUCAACAGGCCUGGAAGGCUUGGGAAACUGAGCUCCCUGACCUGUCAUUAAUACAGCUUCCACGUUGUUAUCUAAGUUUACCUUCCGACCAAAUCACAUCCAGAGAGUUGCAUGUAUUUUGCGACGCCUCAGAGAGCGCAUACGGGUCUGUAGCCUAUUUGCGAAUGGGAACUGACAAGGGUGUGGUACAUACUUCCUUCAUCAUGGCAAGAUCUCGAGUUGCCCCAAAAAAGCAAAUAUCCAUCCCUCGCCUUGAACUUUGCGCUGCUCUAACAGGUGCACAGCUUUGUAAACUCCUGCAGAAUGAAUUGACUCAUCCUUUGACAAAUAUUGUCUUAUGGUCCGACUCGACAACUGUCUUGUCUUGGCUGCAUUCCCUCUCCUGCCGUUACAAAGUUUUUGUAGCUAAUAGAGUCACUGAAAUAUUAGAGCUCACUGAUCCCUCUUCUUGGAGAUAUAUUCCAUCUGCACAGAAUCCAGCAGAUGACAUUACGAGAGGCAAAACUCUUGUAGAGCUAGCCAAACCUGAUCAUAGAUGGCGACAAGGUCCAACGUUUCUGAAAUUUCCUCCAGAUGAAUGGCCCAAAAAUCUAGUAUCUACAUCUGAUAGUCCUGAUCCUGAGCUUCGUAAACCACUCUUUUGUGGGUUAACACAAUUGGAUGAUAUUGUACUCCCAGAUCCUGCCCGUUUUAAAUCAUGGUCAGAGUUACAGUUUGCAACAAAUGUGUUACUGCGACAACAUAGUGAGGACUCUUGUGACGCCUCUUCUGUCCAAAAUCUCCUUUUGAGACAAGCCCAGCAACAAAGUUUUCCCUCCGAGUAUCAGUGUUUAACGAAAGGAAAGCCCAUUGAACCUCAAAGUUGUCUCCUAACAUUUUCUCCCGAAUUCAAUGAAGAAACGGGACUUAUUGUAGUGGGCGGUAAGCUCAGGCGUGUAGAGGAUAUGGAACCUGGAAUGGUUCAUCCAAUCGUCCUCGACCCCAAACAUCCAUUGACCCAGUUAAUUAUUAAGGACUGUGACGAGAAACUUUUCCAUCCUGGUCCAGAGAGAGUUUUCUCAGAACUUCGACGUAAUUACUGGAUAAUUAGAGGGAGACAAGCCGUAAAAAAACAUCAGUGGUCUUGUUUUCAAUGUAGGAAGUGGAGAGCCAAGCCAUCUAUUCCUCAAAUGUCAGAUCUUCCACUCUCCAAGCUCCGGUUGUUCAAACCUCCCUUUUGGUCCACCGGAAUGGACUGUUUUGGUCCCUUCCAUGUAAAUAUUGGCCGUAGAACAGAGAAGAGAUGGGGCAUUCUGUUUAAGUGUCAGACCACUCGAUGCCUGCACCUUGAUUUGUUGAGCAGUUUAGAUGUGGACAGCUUUCUAAUGGGCCUACGUCGUUUCAUAUCCAGGAGAGGUAGGCCGUAUGAGAUUCUUUGUGAUCAGGGAAGCAAUUUCCGUGGAGCUGCAAGAGAGUUAAAGGAAGCCUUCCAGAACCUUCCCACUGAGCUACAAGACAAAUUGGAAAAGCAGCAGAUCAAAUUUAAGUUUAAUCCACCACAAGCUCCUCAUUUUGGGGGAUCAUGGGAAAGAGAGGUCCGUUCUGUUAAAACAGCAUUGCGGGUGGUACUCGGCAGUCAAACCGUAUCAGAGGAAGUCCUACGGACCGUUUUGACAGAAGUUGAAGGAGUGUUAAAUUCAAAGCCACUUGGUUACGCCUCUUCAAACAUUUCAGACCUCGACCCCAUUACUCCAAAUCUCCUCCUCAUGGGGCGGCGAGAUUCGUCUUUACCUCAGGUGAUUUAUGCCAAUACUAAGCUCCUUGGCCGCAGAUCUUGGCGCCACAGCCAGGCCCUCGUUGACCAGUUUUGGACAUCUUUUAUCCGACAUUACUUACCAGGUCAGCAGCUCCGUCAAAAAUGGAAUCGAGAAAAACCUAAUCUAAAUGACUCUGCUGUCGUGUUAGUAAUUGAUUUUCAACUCCCAAGAGCAUCAUGGCCCAUUGGCAGGGUAGUACGCCUCUUACCUAGUCAGGAUGGACGUGUCAGAGUAGCUGAGAUUGAUAUUAAUGGAAAGACGUAUGUACGUCCAGUUGCUAAAUUGAUUCCAUUACCUGAAAUAGAUGAGUAAUAGCAAAUACAUGACUGUAUUUGGGGGCGGCUGUUGUGAAUUUGAUCCUUUAAUUAUACUUUUUAUUUUUUUUUUCUUUCUCCUUACAUAUUUGCACUUCAUAUCCCACAAUCCUUUUGUCAGUUUCACUACAUUACCCAUACACCCCCUGGGCAAGGUCUAUAAGUAGACCUCACUUCCUCCCUUUUUUCCUUUUGUAUUGGUGAGGUGUGGUGGUUGGAAUGGACACGCAACCAUGUCCUUUCCUUAGGAUGCGUUGAUGACUAAAGACCAUCUUGUACGUCCUGUUUAUCCUGUCCCUCCAUUAACAUCUGUUCAUUGGCAUCAUGUGUGUCAGCUCCAUGUGAAUUAAGACUUUAUCAUCCUGAACUGAAAAUAAAAGAGAGCAAAGGACUG